CAGAACGACAGAGGGUAAUGCUAACAGAGCUGCUAAAAUGGUUUCAGUUAUCUCCUUUAUUUUCAUCUCCUCGUCCUAAUUUACAGCUCCAUAGCAAGUGUUCGGAGGUAACUCGAGAUUUACUGAACUUGGACGUUCAGGCAGUUUUACUAGCAUUAUUUUAGGUCUUUAUAACUGAUUAUAGUGAUGUUAACCUAAGGCUAAUGCCCCGUUAGCUCACAGCUAAUCACAUUGCUGUUUCACGGCUGGUUUCUUUUAACUCCGUUUUAUUCCAUUGACAAGUUUUUUAAGUCAGACGUUUGUCAUUGUGGAAUGCAGUGUUUCCAGGCAAAACCGCUACUACUACAACAACUUGUAGAAAAGGUAUGUAAAACUACAUUAGCUUAGCCUGCCACCUCAUGUAUUAUUUGACGGCUCGUGAAAUACUGUAAAUUUCUCGCGUGCAUGUCAAAUAAAUAACAGUAUUAGUUUAUAGAAUGCAGCAAGUUUUAAAUGAGCAAGGCCAUACUAAAGUGAAAUUAAACACAAGAGAAAAUGAUGACUCUCUGACUUCCUAUAGCUUGACAUUACUAGCUUUGGAGCAGAAACAAUUCCAGUCAACUUUAUUAUAUAUAGUAUAACUGAACAUCUAAGACUAAGUAGUUUAUAUCUAAUUAAUAAAUGUGAAACCCUGCGUGUCAAAUUCAAUUAAGUAAUGAGUACAUUUGGAGAGAACUCACCAUAACAAACUGUAGGUGGCGUUUAUUUUCCCUCUUAGUCAGUCACUGAAGUUUAGAAGUUACAUACUAUAGGCACUAUUGGUACCAACUUGUACCAACACAGAUGGUUUGUUAAAUGUCCUAUAGGAACUGAUUAAUGGUCUGUUUCUUCCUGAGACUGGCUUUUGUUUGAGUUUUCAUGAAGUAAUUUAACUUAUUGCGUGUCGUAUUUGGAGUUACAAAUACUGCCAUGACUACUCUAGGUUUUACACCUGCCAGUGAGCAGGAUGUUUUUAGGAUUGAAAAAACAAAUCAGCACAGGUCUCCCACAGCCAGCACACUCAGUGGAGAAGAGGCCAGACAAUUCUAUGAGAAUUUAAUGAAAGAUGGCGACGGGCAGGCUGCAUCAAGGAGUGCUGAUGGGAGAGAGUGUCAAACUAGACAGAUGAACAGAGAAUCCAGCAGAAGUCAGAGGAGGAGGAGGAGGAGAGUCAGAGCUGCAGAAAUACAGAGGAGUCAAACUGUUUCUGUGGUGGAUGGAAGAGUUAGUAGGGAAGCAGACAGUAUCCAAAGCAGAGAUCUGACACCAAGAGAGAUGAGCAACUCUGAAAGGUCAGCAGAGCUUCAGGGACUCAGGCUGCUGCGUUGUGCCCACGAGGGAGACAUUUCUGGUCUGAAAGAGCUGCUUUCAAAUGGGGUCGACAUCAACUUCCAGGAUACUUUCUUGUGGACAGCGAUUAUGUGCGCAAGCUGGUCAGGACAAAGAGGUGCAGUAAAGCUUCUGCUGCAGCAAGGAGCAGCUUGGGUUGGAGUUGUUGACAUGCAGGGCAGGGAUGCCAAAGACCUGGCAAUGGAAGCGGGUCACAGUGGGGUGUUGGAAGAGUUGGAAAGUUAUGGGGAAAGUCAACAGAGAGAGACUCAAGCUGAUAACAGCGCCCCACAGUCUCACUGGUGUGAUGUGUGUUGUAAUGAGUACAGCAGCGACCUCUCGUCACAUCUUUCUUCCACCGUGCAUCAGUUCAGUUUACGACGUCCUCCUCCCACCCCCUACUACUGCCUACCCCCUUCCAGCAACAGCUACAAGAUGAUGGUUCGCUGUGGUUGGAAGCCGGGGACAGGUCUGGGCCCGGAGGGGGAGGGGCCUAAGCAGCCAGUGUCAACUGUACUGAAGAGAGACCAGAAAGGUCUAGGAUAUGGACAAACAAAAAGAGCCAAAGUGACUCAUUUCCAAGCCAGAGACCAUGAGGCAGUGAAAACACCAUCUGAGAGGAGAGAGGAGAGGGCUGGAAAAGGACAGAGGAAGGAAGAAGGCAGGAGAAAAGAGCAGCGGGACAGAAACUGGGAAAGAGAUUUCCGCACCUCGUUUUAUCUUUAGAAAGAAGCUCACAAUGUGCCUCGUGGAAGUAUCCCACAAACACAUAUGAUUUUGUACCUUCAUCAGUGAAUAGUCAACAGUUGUUAGAGGGAUUGAAAUGACAUGCAAGAGGACACACUGAGUCAGGCGCAUCAGGGACACUGGGGUUCCUGGUUGGAACCAUUAACCAGUACAACCCCAGGGCCCCUUUUCAAUGGGAAUAUUUGCCAAAAUCAGCUAAAACAAGGGCUAAUUUGUUUCAUAACAGUAAAGUAACAGAUAUACAUUUUAAAACUUACCAAGUUGGCUUAUAGUUUUACUCUUUUCUCUGGUUUCCUACUUUUUUUUUGUACUCUCAAGUUAUAGAACUCCAGGUGCCCAUAAAUGACAGCAAUAAUCCUCAUACUGAGGGGGGCAUGUCUGAGAAGUGUCAGCAUUGUGGAUGCUGAGGUGGUCUGAGGGUUCCAUCAUACAGUCUUCGGUUUGUCCCUUCACCUAAUCCAAAGUAAUUGUUUAAAAAAAAGCUGCACUGUAAACAUGAGUGCAGUGGGUGACUGGGUUCACGAUGAGCCCUGUGUUUGGACCAACAGCAGGGGGUUCUCUGGGUAAUGUUCUUUAUUCAAAACACAACACCUCUGCUAAAAGUGAUUCAUCACUUGCCACAAUCAUCUCUUUUGAUUGAUGUUAUCAGUGGAAUCUCAGUGGAAACUGGCUUCUGCAACACAAGAAAGUUUUAUUUUAAUUUGAAAAUAUUUCCGGUCAUAUGGAUGUGUGUUCACAUCUCUCCACUUUACCCACCAGAAACCCCUGUCUACUUUUCCCUUUGCUCUGACUUUGUAUGCAAUCAUGUAGCAACUUAUGUACUGGUUUGACUUGAAAGUCAUCAAGACACAACCUCAGUGAGUUGGGUGUUUAAAUAUUAAAUCUGAAAAUGGUGUACCGAGAAAAUUUGUAAGAUGUUCUGAUUUUUUACCAUAUUGAGUUAGAUCUGAGAAACUCCAAGAAAGGUUCAGUCUGAGCAGUUUCUGAGUAUUAGCGACUACAUAUAUGUUCAAAUGUGAAUGAACUAUCUCACUUUAUAACUUCAAAAAAGCAAAGUACAUAAAUGUGCUAAUAAUACCUUGUUUUUUCCCCUACACACCUAUGUACAAACCAUUCUUUAGAUUUUGGAUUAAAACAUAAAAGUGCUCUCUUUGCCAAAUCAAAACUUUAAUAAAUCUAUGGAUCUAUUUUGAAGAAAGGUUUUAGCACAGAUUUCCUUCUACACUUGUUUGUCUAAUCUGAGUCUACAUAAACGCCUACAGGUUAUGUAAUGACGAAAUGUGGCAUGGAUUCACUUCAUCUUUAUCUUGAUUGAUUAUUGCGUGAGCAAACAUAGGUGUGUUUACCGUUGACCCACUGCUCAGACUCUUUCGAAGGUUGGAUAAAGGAGUGUUCGCCUCCAUUUAUGGAAAGUCCUAAGCCUUUAUGAUCCACCCUUUUGCAUUGUCAAUAAGGAAAAGAUGUUUGUCAUCUUAAUAAAAAUGCUGAUUAAUA